UGAAAGUGCAACUGAAGAAGUCCCAGCAGCGAUGACGGCCGCACUCAUCCCUCUGGAUGUCGAUCAGGUGUCCACAUGCGCUCUGCGCGUCGGGGGGUCGGGGCUGGCGUUCCGAGCGGCUGCUGCUGCUGCUUCUGCUGCUGCUGCUGUCUGCAUGUCUGCUGGAGGUUGCCACCGUCGGGCCAAACGCAGGGGCCACAUCCCGCAAAGUCCCCUGCGAGUGUAACUGCCCUCGACCCCCGACGCUGACUCUAACGGAAGCCCCCGCCGCUGUUAACUGCUGCACCAACGGAGGCCGCUUCCGCUACACGUGCGCGGUGAACCACGUGAGGAAAGCCGGCACCUCCAACCUGGCCGCAUGCACGUUGGAAAACGGGAUUGAGACGUGGAGCACACCGAACCUCGUAUGCAUCCCGGACCCCAGAAUUGUGAUUACCACCACGCCGCCAGAUGUCAACCCAACGCCCCACGCAGCGGUCCCCACGCCGGAUGAAGGCACUCCAGGGGCCCAAGGCGUUCUGAGUUCUGGAGCGGCAGUCCCAACGGGAUUAGGCCUAGCAGCCUUAAUACUCAUCAUCGCUAUUCUGGGAUUUUCCUUCUGCUGCUGGAGACGGAAAAGGAGCGCGAACUGUCCCACCGGAAGCGCCGAGCCGACGCCCCCCGAAGAGAUGCCUUUGAACCCCACAAACCCUCCGCCUCCCUCCGGCUCGGCCCCGCCCGGACCCCCUUCGUAACAUCGCCGCCGCCGCCGCGGAAACCGCCAAACGUACACGGAGUCAUGCAACGCAGAGCUUGAUCGUAAUCCGUCUGAUAUCAGAGACUCACCGUGGAAUGAUAUCAGAGGAGGCGUGGGGCUGAGAGAGAGAGAGGGAGAGAGAGAGAGAGAGAGAGAGAGAGAGAGAGAGAGAGAGGGGGAGCGCGCGACUGAGUGACUGAGUGAGUGAGUGAGAGGAAGAGAGAGAGAGAGAGAGAGAGAGAGCGCUUUAAUCCCAAACGGAUGUUUUUUGAGAGAGUGAAUGAGUGAGUGAGUGAGAAAGGGAGAGAGAGAGAGAGAGUGCAAGUGAGUGAGUGAGAGAGAGUGAGAGAGAGAGAGUCUUUGAUCGGAGGCGGAGAAGAGACGCCCCCACAUCAAUCAUGCGGGCGCCUACACCAUGGGGCGCUGGCGAGAGUGAACAAGCAGGGAGGCAAGCAGAGACAUACCGGCAGUCAACCGAGCAAGAUUCUGCCUUCUCUCUCGAUCGCCUUCAUGGAUAAGAAAUCCCAAAGAUUGUGCAAAUUGUUGCUUUUUUUCUUCUUUUCCCCUGGUGGUGCAAUGUGAGCACAGGAUAUAGAUGAUGGAUGUCCUCCCAUAGGCUCCAAGAGACAUUAAGGCCGAAGGGACAGUGAUUAUAAUCCUGAUCAGUGACGAUUGCGAACACACAGGUCAUUGAACUGCAUUGGACUGGUUGCUGGUGUAAACGUCAACAGUGGCUGCCAAAACAAAACACAGCCAAUUGGCUGAUCUGCGCGGCGUUGUACUUCCUGCAACACAAAACAAUCCCUUUUUGUUUCCAAAUGGAGUUUGUCGGUUGGACGACAGCUCUCGCGAACCACGACGGCUGCCGUGGGUCACGAGAGCUUUCGUAACCAAGAGCACCUGUCGUCCAUUUUGGUUAAAAAUGGAGGCCGCCCCCCCCCCCCCCCC